GUUCCCUGCGCCUGACGCAGUGAGCCCAGCCUGCCUCCAGGCUGUAGUUCGGGGACACCGAAGCCGAACUCCCACUUCCACUUCCACGCGUAAACCGAGAACGCUACACGAUGUGUGGGGUGACGAGGAGGGCGGAGAGCGCGGAAGGAUUUACCUCGACCGGAACCAGAGUGAGGAGGACGAUGAGCAUUGGCGUUGGGACGCUUGUCAAACUUGUGGCUGUCGUCGCGUUUGUGCUCCCCAAUUUAGUGCGCGCGCAAACGGCGCUUCCUCCCGAGUGUGCUCCGGGGGGUCAUGAGGUCCUACAGAACCCAUACCGCAGCACCACCUUCAGCUCCAGCUGGCUGCUGCAGUCAUCGCUGCGGGACUUUGUCUGCGACCAUUCCCUGACGCCAGGAUGGUACCAGUUCCAAAUCUUCAACAAGCCCGCCAGCAUGCCCACCCGGUGUGUGGAGGUGAACCACUGCGGGACCCAGGCUCCGGUGUGGCUCUCCCUGGGAGAAGGCGAGUCGCUGCCGGGUCCUCUGGAACUUCGACAUUUGACCGCCUGCGCCGCCUGGCAGUUGUUCCCCAGCAGCAGCAAGGAAUGCUGCCUCUUCCGCAUCCCGGUGUCCGUACGCAACUGUGGAGAAUUCUACGUUUACUUGCUGCAGCCCACUCAGGGAUGCAUGGGUUACUGUGCACAAGUCAAGCAGCCUGCCGCUCCGUCCAAGCUCGUGAUCACUCCUGAGUGGACAUCAGGUGGCGUGCAUCUGAAGUGCAGCUUCUCCAGCAGCUCCAACAAUUCCAGCAGCUCGCUGGGCCACGUGGUGGCCUGGUCCCGAGCCUCACCUCAGGGCAAGCGGGAGGAGCUCAAGCGGGAGACGACCAUCCAGACGUGGGCCCUCAUCGAGCUGGAUGGCUUCAACCUCCGUCUGGGAGACAAGAUUCACUGCUCCGUCUACAGCUUCUUUUUGGACUCUCCGGAUGUCCACGGUGCUUCAGUGGAAAGUCAAGAAUUCUUUGCUGGGAUUCGGCUGAGACCGGAGAUGAGCAUCCUGUCCGAGGACGGGAAGCUGUACGAGCUGAUGAUUGAGAGCACCGUUCCCGUCCCGUGUCUGCAAGAGUCGCCGUCAUCAUCGUCAUCCUCCUCUUCUCAGUCAAGACGUUGCGCUAUCUCCUUGACGCUCGGAACAAACAGCCAUGAUGAGGCGGUGCUGGGCUCCGACGUGUCCCUGUCCUCGUGCUCAGUGGACUUAACCGGGGCUCCGUGCCAGGAUGGCGUGUGUGGCCGUGCUGUGGUCCACUACACCGCGGUCACCGACUUCGUCAGAGAUGGCGAUCGGACCACUAACAUCUCUGUCCGGCCCCUCGUCACCAGCAACUUUGUGUGGAACGGUUAUGCGCCAGAGCCUGUUCAGAUCAAAGUGCAGGAUAUACCUUCAGCGUACUGUUACUCCUUCACUGACCCUCACAUCGUCACAUUUGAUGGCAGGCGCUACGACAAUUACCAGGUGGGCACCUUCGUGCUGUACAGGAGUGCACGUUGGCCUUUUGAGGUACACGUGCGGCAGUGGGAGUGCGGGGGUGAUGGGAGGGCGCCCACUACGUGUGCGUGCGGCGUGGCGGCCCGCGAUGGCAACGACGUGGUCAUUUUGGACAUGUGCGACGGCGACUUCGGCCAAACCAAACCUCGCCUCUCAGUGAAGAAGCGAGAAUUGCGCAAGAGCGGGGUGCGGAUCCAUGAGGCCUACCAGCGGCGCAAAAUCACCUUGACUUUCUCAUCCGGAGCAAUGGUACGUGCCGACGUGGCAGAUUGGGGUCUGAGUCUGACGCUGAGGGCCCCCGGUUCAGACAGGGGCCACACUGAGGGUCUUUGCGGCACCUUCGACGGACGGCCCAACAAUGACUUCCUUUCCUCAGCAGGAACUACAAUGGAGGAUUUGCAGGCUUUUAUUUUUCAUUGGAGGCUCCGUCCGGGAAGCAGCCUGUUUGACACCGCACCACCACCAUCAUCGUCGCCUGCACGAAAUUCUGGCAUAUUCUGUGACUGUCAAUCAUUUGCCCUAAUUGGGGCAGCAUCCAUGGGUUCCCCGGACGAAACCUGUUCUCUCCAUGGGAACUUGCGCUUCCCUGCCAUCAUCCCAUCUUUGGACGUCACGGCCGAGUACAUUGGCUCAGUAGAGGAACGACCAGCACAACCCUCCAGGGCUCCUCUAUCCAAGCGGUGGGGCAGGUACACCCAUCAAUCCAUCCCCAGCCCCCUACACCAAAGCCUCAACAAGUCUGACCUGGAGAGCUUCGCCUAUUUCUUCUCCAAAGACCACGAACCCGACACUCGUGUAGACAUUGAUUUAACAUGGCCGACGCCCUCCGGGUUGACUGAGAAUGAGGCACAGGCUGAGUGUUGGGAAGCGGUCGCCAACUCCAGCCUGGCCCUGGGCUGCUUCGGUCUCCUCGGUGCCGACGUGGUUGGCGGCGCGGUGGAAAUGUGUGUCAGCGACGUGCGGCUAAAGGACGAACGAUCCUGGCUGGAUGCUGUCCUGCCCCUGCUAGAGAACGAGUGCGAGAGGCGGCUGGUGGAGGAGGGCCUCGGGGGACUGCCCCACCGGGAUCUCUGGGACCACCAAGACGCAGUGUCUGUGCUCAAGUGUCCCAAUUUGUGCAACGGAAACGGGCAGUGUUCGGAGUGGGGAUGUGUCUGCUUUCCCGGCUUUGGAGCCUACGACUGCAGCAUCUUGUCUGAGCACACUCCAGAGAUCACGGAUCUGGAGUCAGGAGGCCUAUGCAACAUUCGUGAUGACGACUGCUCCAACAUUCGCGUUUCAGGUGUCGGCUUCAAGGAUGGCCAUCAGCUCAAAUGCGAGUUCGUCCAAGAAAAGUUGGUGGGAGGCAAGUGGCUUGUGGCCGAGCCUCAUUUUGUCGCUGCCACCUUCAUGGGUGUGACGGCCGUGGAGUGCCGCCUCCCUCUGGAAGUCGGUCGAGCCACUGCAGGCGUGGAUGCAUCCGGAGCGUUGACAAAGCGACCAUUCCUGGCCCGCUGGCAGGUCAAGGUGUCAAACGACGGUUACAGCUUCAGUAACGCUAAAGUCAUCACCGUGUAUGACGGAGCGUGUCACCUGUGUGGCCCCCAAGCCGACCCUCUCUGCACCCUCAGGGAGAAGACGUGCAGCAUCGAUGGCGUCUGUUAUGAUGGAGGCCAGUCGCAUCCCUUCAACCCUUGCCUGGCCUGUCGACCGAACGUCUCGCAGCAUGACUGGACCGCCCGCCACGAGAACGAACCCCCCACACUGGCACCCUUGCCCUCCCUCCUGUGGUCCUUCCAAGGGGAGGAGUUCAUCUACCAGCUGCAGGCUCGGGACCCCGAGGGCUCACCGGUGGUCUUUGCUCUCCGUUCGGGUCCCGAGGGCGUGUCUUUGUCUCCGACUGGCCUUAUCCGGUGGAAGGCCACGCCCCAGCAAACGCACACCUACAGCUUCGACUUUACCGUUACGGACAACUGCCAUGCCGAGACCUCUGCUUCCUUGCAUGUGUUGGUGCGUCCAUGCGAGUGUGCGAACGGCGGCUUGUGCGUAAGUGACGUCAACGCGCCCGCCGGCAGCAGUGAGUACACGUGUGCCUGCCCAAGCGGGUUCACAGGUCAGCGGUGCGAGGUGGACGUGGACGACUGCAAACCCAACCCCUGCAGGCUGGGACGCUGCGUGGACGGACCCGACUCCUUCACGUGCAUCUGCCCACCCGGAAUGACAGGUGGAACGUGUCGAGAGGACGUGGACGAGUGCGUUUCUAGUCCGUGCUACCCCGGAGUGGACUGCAUCAAUACUCUGGGCUCCUUCUCCUGCGGACUCUGCCCACGUGGAUAUGCCGGUGAUGGCAUCGCUUGCAUUCCCUUUAAAGGGACUGUGAUACCGGCAAGCAUGACGCCCUUACCCCCAAGACCCCGAGCCCCGCCGCCAUCGCCCUGCUCCCAAAGGCCUUGCCACCCUGGUGUCCAAUGUUUCCCAAGCCCCCAUGUGGCGGCAGGCUUUGUCUGUGGACCCUGCCCACUUGGUCUCCAGGGCAACGGGACCGCUUGCACGCCAUCAGGACAGGCGAGCGUCGCUGCUGAACAAAUUCCCAUCAGCAGAAUGAAUUCAGGCAGGGAGAUGAUGCGUACCACCUUCUCCUCAUUUUCAUCAUCCCCCACCUUACCCAGGCGGUCCCUCGACAGAAGCAAGAGACCAGGCGACACCGUUGCCAACCCACGCAGAGCUUCUUCGUCUUAUUUGGACAGAAGCCCCGGACCCUGCCCGUACGGAUAUACGGGCGAUGGAGUAACGUGCAAAGCUGUGUGUCGGUUUCAAUGCGGGAGGAACAUGGAGUGCACGCAGCCCAACACGUGCACCUGCAAGGAGGGAUACACCGGAUACAACUGUCACAUGGCCGUGUGCCGACCAGAUUGCAAGAACCAGGGCAGAUGUGUGCGUCCUAAUGUGUGCGAAUGCCCCCUAGGCUAUGGUGGCCCCACCUGUGAAGAAGCAAGCUGUGAGCCACCGUGCCAACACGGAGGCACGUGUCUUGCCAGGAACCUUUGUACAUGCUCCUACGGCUACGUGGGACCAAGAUGUCAAAUCUUGGUCUGUAACAGGCACUGUGAAAAUGGCGGCGAGUGUGUUUCUCCCGACGUGUGCAAAUGUAAACCAGGCUGGAAUGGUCCAACCUGCAACUCAGCUGAAUGUAAUCCGGUGUGUCUGAAUGGAGGAACGUGCAUCAAACCAAACGUGUGCACUUGUCCCGCCGGAUUCUACGGCUCGCAGUGUCAAAUUGCCGUAUGCAGUCCACCUUGCAAGAAUGGAGGUCAGUGCAGGCGAAACAACGUGUGUUCUUGUCCUGAAGGCUACACGGGGAAACGAUGUCAAAAGAGCGUGUGCGAGCCCACAUGUAUGAACAAAGGCAAAUGUGUGGGGGCCAACACGUGCUCGUGUACGUCUGGCUGGAGGGGAAACAGAUGUAACAUACCCGUGUGCCUACAGAAGUGUAAAAAUGGCGGUGAGUGUGUGGGGCCCAACACAUGCCACUGUCCCACUGGCUGGGAGGGUCUGCACUGUCAGACAUCGGUGUGCAGACAGCGCUGCCUAAACGGGGGGCGCUGCGUGCUGCCCGACUACUGCCACUGUCGGAGGGGAUACAAGGGCCUGACGUGCGCCAUUCAGGUCUCGCAAGCGUGAUGCAAAAUGAAGUCAAAGGAUAUUGUGAGGGUGGGUGUAUAUUGUGUGUAUAUAUUAUUACAAUGGCGCUGCUUAGAGGAGACUUGAUGUGUUUCUUUUGUCUUUUUUGGUCCCCUUUCCGGUCCUCUACCUCAAAGCUUUCUUUUGUCACAUUAGGUCUUGCACAUUAGUUGCGGAUUCCGCCUUUUAACUCAUUCGCUGACAGCCGUUCUCAAAUCUGUUUCCCAUGUUGCCAGCCAUUUCAGAGCUUUUUGACUGAUCUUUACAAAGUCACAGACUAACAUUUUCUAUG